AUGCUCAAUGUGUCCAACGGGGGCGCUGAGGGGGUCUGGGGGCAACCAGAGUUCUGCAAGUCAGGCUAUGCAGAUGGCUUUGCAGUCAAGGUGAGCGGCCACCAGAGCAACCUCUUCUGCCCCACAGGUGCCAGAUGCGGCCUUGCCCUGCUGGGAUGGCACAUCCACCCCCUUCUCUCCUGGGCUGUUCAAUGGCCGACGGCAGGGGAGGGGGACCCCACCAGGGCCCGCGCUGAGUGUGGAGCUGCUGGAGUCACCCCAGGGCUUCCUCCCCGGGCAAGACAACACAGCGCUGAACAGGAUCCUUCUGCUUUGUGCCCAGGGGGCAACAUCACUUCAUCUGUGGGCAAAUAUCUCUCCUCAGUCUUCUCUUCUCCAGGCCAAACAUGCCCAGUUCUUUCAGUCUCUCCUCACAGGGCUUUGUUUCCAGUCCCCUCAUCAUCCUCGUUGCCCUCCUCUGAACCUCAUCCUCUCUUUGCUUCUCCCAACCCAAGCUGGGGCAAAUGGACCACGAGCCAAUGGUGUUCCAAGGGGCCGCUCGUCUCCUUCCAGCUGCAGGUGGAGUUCCGGCGAAGGGGUCUCGACGCCACGGCAGCCAACGGCCUCCGGAUGAGGUGCAGAGACAAGGAAGACCUGCAGGUCCACCAGGACGGCUGGGGGGAGUGGGGCUUGUGGAGCGCCCCCUGCCCCAGGGGCUACAUCUGCGGGCUCCAGACUCGAGUGCAGCCCCCCGUGGGCAUCAAGGAUGACACCGCUCUCAACGACGCCCGGUUCUUCUGCUGCUGCUGAGGAUUCUGGCAACCACAGCGAUGCACGCCCACCCACAGGAAAAUGCCAGAGGAGAAUCGGGGGGGCAAUGAAAAUGUGGAAAAGCUGCAGUAAAAAGUUGCUUCUCCCUUUCAUGUUGCAAAGUUUCUUAAUGGUGUAAAAAAAAGCAACUCCCAAUUAUAAAUAGCAAUUUGCUAA